CUGCUCCUUCACAACACUAAAACAAUUUGAGCAUUUACGACAACAACAAAAAUGGUGGAAAGGAAAAACGUGUCUGUAAAGGAAUGUGUGUAAUUAGUUAAACAAAAACCUUAACACUGCAGUUCAUCAGAUACUACAUAUCUCCUACGUGACAGAAACGAAAGAUACAUGCAGACAUCGCCAUAGGUCUGAAAGAAACAAGACAUGUCGUAUAUUUCAACCUACCCGCUUAGUCCAUCAGACAUUUGUGUCCCUGUGAAACUGGAGUAUGAAUCAAGUGAGCUAACUGUUAAUGAGCCUUGGAUAUUUGGAGCGUUCUUCCUAGGCCUUAUAUUUGGAAUCGUCGUAACAGCUCUAUUGGUGCCAUGUUGUCUGCGAAGUUUGGCUAAGAAACAGAUUCAAUUCUUGUCAUGUUUAUGGAGAAGGAAGGCACAAGAUGAGGAGGAGCUAGUGGAGGAAAAGGCAGUACAUGUGAGGAACGACAAUUCAGAUGUGAUAUAUGCUUACAAUGUAAGAGAUAAACCAACAUCGAAAAAGUUGAAAUUUGGAAAAAAGAAAGGAAGGAAAGGAAAGAGGGGAGAAGACAAUGAGACUGAAGAGGAGGAGAUAGGUGCUGAUCCAGACGUUGAGAAGCCGCCUUUGGAUCCAGCCCUCUGUCACGGUAUCGGAGACAUCCUCGUAAAGGACACCAUAGAAGGGGCGGAGGCAGAGAUGAGUAAACAGGAUGUCGACAAGGUCGACAGAGUCACCCGAGACCUUCGUCGGGAGAAAGAUGAUAUGUUCCUCAAACAGCUGAAAAUGCAGUUACGAAGGAUGAAGGUUGGGGAUGUUAGCUUGUCAGAAAUUGUGAACAAUGUUAUGGAGGAUCUGGUCAGUAAAGCUAGGAUGUACAAGGACGAAAAACAGGAAGUGGAAGACGAGACACGACAACAGAUGUCUAAAGACAAGAAUACUGAGGCUGUACAAACUGAGGUGGAUAAGCUCGACUCCCAGCUCGAACAGAAGCUUGUCAAGUUACACGAGGACGAGCGUGACUUCAUCAGACAGGAGCUCUCUAAACGUACCGACCUUAAAGAGGAUGAGAUUGAAGCUCUCAUGGCCGCGCUGCUGAAGGACAUGGCUAACCUGGAGAAGAAGUUGGGACACGAGUUCCAAAGACAAAAUAGGGGGUUGGAGGAGCGUCUUGCAAAAAGGCGACAAAUCUUGGAAUUCCGCAAGUUACAAGACCAGCAGUUCAAGGAGGAACUCAAGGACAACGUGGAGAUAAUGGAGGAGACGGUCAAGGAUAUGGUCAACAAUAAGGAUAUGAGUGGGAAACAAGCCACGCAACUCAUCAACCAGUACAUGCUGGACCUUCAGAAGAUCCAUAGUAAACAGGAAAAGGAAGCCAACAGACACCUAGAAGAUUUAGCAGAGAAACUCAGAGCAAAACGGUUAAGGCGUAUGAAUCAGAUACAAAAUAAACAUGAGAGAGAGAGGGCCGUACAAAAGGAGAAGCUAGAAAGGGGAGGAGAUACAGGAGACAUGUCGAAGGGCUUCCAUGACCUCCUACAGAAACAGCGGUCAGAAAUGGAGGUCACCGAGACGGAGAUAGACCAGCAAGAAUUACAGGAAAUUGACAAUCUCAAACAGAAACUGUCAUCAGAUCAGGCUACACAGGUGAACAAUCGGACAGAAAAGAUACAAAAAGAGCUGGAAGGGUUUGGUCAGGACUCUCACAAGGCUGAAAAGAUCAUUGACCUACACAAAGCUCGCAUGCAACAGCUUAAUGAAAAACGGAUGGAUGAAAGAAACAAGAUGGCUGCCAAACUACGAGAGAGAUGGGAACGGAAAAUGCUGAAACUAGAUGAGCAGGAGCAACAGUCCUUCGUGGAGAAGGAGUCAAUGAAUGAACAACAGAACCAGACGGUCAACCGUGUACUGUCCACUAGUGUGGAACUGACCGACGAGGCUAAGAAGAAGAUCAUUCGAGAGCACCAACACAAUAUGGAAGUACUGAAUAAUCAGCUGGAUAAAAGUAAAGUGCGCCAACAGAGGAAUAUUGAGUAUCGGUUAAAUGAGCGACGGGCCAAGACGGCGGCGCUGAGGAAACAGAAGGAAGACGCCAUGGCGAACAAGGCGAAGGCCAGCAAAGAGGAGAUGGAAAAACUGGAGAAACAAUUGGAAGAGGAAAUAGCCCUAGAGGAACAGAACAUUCAAAAGGCAAGAGAAGCUGCUCUCCUCCAACUCCGACAGCAGCUAGCCAAAGAGACGGAGGAGGCUCUCGCUCAGGGGGAAGUGGAUCUGAGUGUUCUCAUUGGUCGAAUGGAGGUGGGAUCAGCCAGACGACAAUUGGUGCUACAAAAACAGGACACGAUGCUGCAGUCUCUACAGGAUCAACUGGAGAACAAGCUGGCUAAGGGUGGUGUGCAAAUGUCAGGGGCAGACCAGAUAAUACAGCAACACAACAACCAGGUGGACCAUCUGAAUCAGCAGCUCCAGGCUAGCCGUGAGGACCAGGAGUACAACAUCAGGGAGAAAAUACAGGCCAUGAAGCUACAGAAGGAGAGGGAGUUGGCAGAAAAAAGAGAAUUACACGAAAAGAUGGGCGCGGAGACACAACAGAAAAAGAGCGGCUCUUUACGGCGAAGAGGGGCUAGUAAGGCCAGUGAUGUGCUGGGAACUCUAUUCCUGCAGCAGAAACACAGCCGUGAGGUACAGCAGCUGGAAGAGGAAAUGAUGCUCGAACUGGAACGAAGCAAGGAGGAGCUCAACAGGCAGUUACAGCUUGAACUUGAGUCAGAGCUCAAGAACCAAAAACAACAGUUUAUUACGCAGUUAGCAGCAACUAGUGGAAUGUCCCAAGAUGAUAUACAGGACACAGUGGAUUCUGCCAACAUUGGUGGAAAUCAGAAAAAAGCACGCAAGCUUGCUAGGGAGUUGAAGGACGGAAUGCAGAGAGCCAAGACAGACCUACAAAUGGACCAGUAUAUGGAUGAACCAGAAAACAGACCAAGCAGUCGGUUUUCACGCCCAAGCUCUGGCCGUCCUGGAUCAGGUUCUACAGACGGUGGACUCCGACCAAAGAGUGGACUGAAGAAGAAGGCCAAACGGUCAUCUGUAGCUCCAGCUAAAGAAUCAUGGGGCGCCGAAGAUUACUCACUUUACCAUGAGGACGACUUCUAGAUGUUAAUGAACAUCAAGUUUACCUAGAGAAUCAAAAUUUGAAAAUAUUGCUCAAAGCUGACUUGAGUUCUCACUACCAGCUGUGGAUUACUAUGGUCUUGCUCUUUCAUGGAACCAUCGAUAAUGUUGCAUGAAUAAUUGACUAAAAAUGACCCAGAAGUAAUUUAUAAGCAUCAAUAAUGCUGAUCUAGACCUUGUACCUGUAACUUUGUAAACACUAUGGAACAGUGGUCAUGUAUCUCCUACUGUAUCAGAAUGUGUCGAGAGUUUGUCUCAUUGAGGGAAACUUAUCUUUAGAUCCACUCUGAAGGGAGACAACCUCUUCCUUUGUUGGAACUCUUUCUCAAUAUUUGCAUGAGGGAACAUGAGAACCUAUUUUAUAUGUUUACUGGAUGAAGGUUUCACUAAAUGUCAAAUUCUGCUUUACCACCAAGAUAGACCUGCAAUAUAUUCUCUUCAGCAAUCCAGAAAAUUAUCACAGGAACACAUUUCACUAAGGGUACAUUCGCGUAUCCGAUUGAAACAGUUGAACUGGUUGAACCUGUUAAGAAAAAACAGGCACAGAUUUGAACCGAGGCUGACCUCAGGAAAAUGUGUUGAUUGAGGAAUCCAAUGGUACCUGACCAAAGCUAAAAUGCUGACUAUGGCUAGUUUGCGUUUUUUCUUUCUAAAACAAUGUCAAGCCACUUGUAGUUUUUUAAGAUACCUCACGUAAUUCAGUAGACAGAUAAAAGAAGGGCAUACUAUUCUUGAUACACUGUUUUUUAUUCUCUGAAACUGUGCAUUUUUAGCUCUGCUUAUAGACCGGUCCAAGUGCAUUCGUUUAUCGUGGAAUAUUUCUGCGCCACACGUACCGUUUCAACCGGGAUAUGGAAAUGUAGCCCUACAAUUAGUUCUAAAUGAUCAGGAGGAAUGAAAGUUAAGUUUUCAUAAAUAUAGCUUUUAGUAUAGAAUCUGUAUAAGGGCACACGAUACCCUGAAAUAAUAAGGAAACUAACUAUUUUUACUUUCAUUUUUUAAAAGUGAUAAAAUUACAAAGAUCAAUUUGAUGUCUAGAAAAAUCAAGUAAUGUCAUAGUAUUCUUACAAUUAAGUGAAAGUUAAGUCUCUUAGUUGAAAAAAAACUACUUUUCUAGAAAUGCUGUCUUGAUUCAGCAUCACCAUGAUAAACAGAAUCUUAAACCAUUUGAUACAAUAUUGAUGAAAAUAAUUGAAAAUGUUUUAACUCUGUAUUGAAACUAAUGCUUAAGAAAAAGAUUUUUUGUAUUUGUUACAGCAGUAUCAUAUGUAAAAAUGCAUUUAAGAUUUUGUAUGUUUCACUGAAAAUGACCAACAACUUAGAGAAAUUGCCUUAUAAUUACCUUUCUCCCAUGUCCAUUUAUACUAACACUUGCCAUUCAUUCUUAUUCCAUUGAACAUAUUUUUUUAAUCAUGAUUUUCCCGUCAAAUGCUUUGAUGAAUUAUGGAAAUUCUUGUUGAAAGAAAAGUAGCUUUUUUUGCAAUAUUUGUUUGAAUGAUUAAGUACAUGUACAGGUACCUGAUGACAUUCUCAUUUGAAUCAUGAUUUUCAACAUUUGUACAUGUAUCAUCAAUAGUGACAAAAACUGAGCUGAUGUCUGAAGUUAUUGUUAAAGUAAGCCUCUUGCUGGUACCAUACAUGGUACAGUUAAAUGUGCCUGAUUAUUGAAUGAAAUACUGUUUAAACUAAAUGUAUAAGUGCCUCUGAAUAUUUGCCUUUUGUGAUUGAAUCUAUGUCUAUGUGACCCAUUUUACUCAAUCACCCUGCAUAUUUUCACGUAUCCAGACAAAGGGCAGAGGACCACAUUAUUCCACCAUUGAAGAAACAAGGCGUUGGCUCUGCGUUAAACUAAUUAAUUAUGAAACAAGUUAUUUCAGCUUAUAUUAAUCACUCUUGUUGGUCUGGAUGUAAGUGUGUGGGUGGGGAGAGGUCUCAGUAUGGGAAGAUCGGAAUACCCGGAGAAAACCCAGGUAGUCUGGCAGGUGACCCUAUACCCCUAUACCUUUCCACAUCCAAUCGAGGAAUCAAACUUCCGCCAUCUUGGUGAAAUGCGAGUGCCCUAUCGACUGUGUCACCCGACCACCCAAGCUAGUGCCUCUACUGUGGUAAAUUCAUGUAAAUCUGUGAUACCUCAUUAACUACACACUGAGUGUUAACAUGUAGUGCCUGUAUUUGACCUAUGAUCAUGAACAUUCAUUUUUGUAUGUUUGACCUUUCAUUUGUAUUUGACCAUGUUGUGUACUGUAUUGCAUUCCUUUUUGUAUUUGACAUUCCGUCCAAUUUCUUCAUUUGAAAACUGCAAAGUAAACGGGAGGUGAGCGAUCUUCCUGUUUUCACUAUAUUAAUGCUUUGAAACCCUUAUUACACCCAUGUAGCAGCGGUCAGAGAUCAAAUUCGAUGAAGUUAUCUUAACUCAUUCCCCCCUGAAGACACAUUUGAACCCUUCCAAUUGAAAGAUUGGAAUAUUUCAUUAUGAAACAGGGGUGAGUGAGGAACAUUUAACUAAGACUUCUAAAUGAAAUAAAUUAAUAUUAGCACUUUUUAUGUGCAAAAUCUGUCUUUGAAAUGCUUUACAUCUUUUAAAUACUUUACUGAAAUACAUUUAUUUUAAAAUAAGUUAUUUUGUAAAAAUUCCAAUUUGAUUUUUGUGAAAUUAUACUGCACAGUUAAAUAAAGAUUUACUGAAUGAGUAAUGGAGGGACUUUUUCAGAGACCCCACCAACCAUAAAAUUUUAAAAGUGAUUUUAUUUAUAGGGAAUGGGAGGCAGAUCUGGUUUUAACACCACUACCCAUAAUAAAUAAAUACAGGUGCCUCCCAUCUCCCAAACACGAUAAAUCAUGGAACAGUCCUUAAAUAAUUUUCGAAAACCUCUCAGAAUACGAGUUUUUUGUAUGGUUUAUGUCAGAGAGUGAUCGCUUUGAAUCUCAUCUUGUUUUUCUUUUCUUGAAAUAUUCUGUCUUUGCGUAUUGCAGAGUUAUCUUCUCUUGGGAGCCGGUAUUGAUUGUUACAUCAUUGGUUUGUGCGAGGAAAUUACGUCGUCUUCUCACAAAUUGAUGACGUUACUCUCACGAACAAGUGAUGGAACAAUCAAUACCUGCUCCCAAGAGAAGAUAACUCUGCAAUACACAAAGACGGAAUUUCAUCAUUGAAGUGUUCACUAAUAUCAUCAGUAAGUGUUUGUAAUACGCAUUACAUGUAUCUAUGUACUUUUUCAGUUAUUGUUAAUUACAUGUGGAAACUGGUUUUUGGAAAAUAUGUACAUGUUAUGUCAGGCAAUUCUUACAGUACGUUGUGCAGUGAAAAGCCGACUUAUAAAAUGACUGCACGAUAUGGUGAGUGCUUAAUAAUUGUCAAAGUUCUUUAUCAUACAAAAUAUAAGUUUUCGUUGCAAAGAGGUACCACCAAAUGUGGAAUAAUAUAUCACAUUUUGUUUACUUUUGGAAGUAAUUAAAUUCUUAGAACAGUACAGUCUAUGUUCAUUUAACGCACAAUAUGGCUGUAUUGAGGUCAUUUAGCAAGUGAAUGAAAAAUGUGUAGCUUUUCUCUAUUUUUGUUGUUAUUUACCUUUUCUUUGACGAAAUGAAAUAUCAAUGUUUAUAAAAAUACAUUUAUAUAUUU